GACAUUCGUCAUUCCGGCAGUGACCGGGUUUCAACGGUCAUCUCGGCUCGAAACGGUCUUUCGGAGUUUUGACGUCUGCGAACCACGUCUGCGUAUACAGCAGAGGAUGGAGCUGUUCAGGUCAAAGCUGCAGGAUGAAGCCCUUCACGCCGAUCCUCUGUCAGCGACGACACAAAGAAGCGGACAACUCCGCGUGAAUGACGUCCUAUAUCAAGUUCGCACGGAGGUACCUUCCAACAACCUUGCACAGCCUCAGUACGCAAUGUCAAGUAACCUUGCGGGGAGCAACGCUGCGACAGAAUUUCAGCGGAUCAUCUUCAACGCCCUGCAAACUCCAGUAACUGCUGCAACGCGCCAGCACGUCGAGACCCUAAACCAGAGUGGCGUCGCGUUCGGCCAGCUUCGAGCCCUUCCCGACGUCAGCCUUCCAGCACCUCCGCGGAGGAUUCCCUGCAAGUACUGCGCUUACAUUUGCUCCAGCGAAGACCAAUGGCGCGAGCACGUCGAGAUCCAUGGGUGGGUUACCUGCGAUAUCUGUGGGAAGCCGUGCAGAGACGAGGCCAUGGCAGCUCAUCGUCAAACCCACGCACCGCUCAGACGCCGUGCGGCCAAGCGGCUGCUGUGCCCCGUGUGCUCAAGGGUCUUCCUCAGGGAGGACACCUUCACUUACCACUUGAGAGCGCACAUAAAUCACAGUCGGGCAGCGAAUGUGAACGCUGUAGUUGCGACGCCCACUUCAUUCCCCGUCGGCCUUCCGGCACGUCCCUCGUCGACGUUCUCGGUGGCGCGUCCUUUGGCCACCGGCUUACCAUCGCCCUUCCAGGUGGAUCGUCCUGCCGUCUUCGGCUUCCCGUCGCUGGCAGAGUCCCCGCUCUGCCUGGACGACCUCGACUUUUCCUACGCUCUACAGUUCCCAUCGGAGGAGGACAAGGAGAUCUUCGAAGAGCUCUGGAAGAUGAUGAUGAACGAACUCAUGAUCACCCAUUUUGGAGGGUGGUGUCCGUUGCAGAACAUUUAAGCUCCCACGGUCGUGGCCGUGGGUGUCCCUCGUUCGUGCGACUCUCGCUGUGUCGGUGAGGAUUUACACUGCUACCGUACGCUACAAAACAAAUCUGUAUCCGUACGAGCCCCUCUGCUUUUUCCAUUUGUGACUCCUUUGACGAGCUGCGAUGUCGCAAAAUGUGUGUAGGCUACAGCGAAUAAACUGUUUCCUCAGCGCUGA